UGUUUGGUUUCCAUUGGAAUUAAUCAUGAAUUGGUUAAAUUAGUUAGCGAAGAGGCGAACGGCAAACCUGCUCUUUAUUGUCAGAAUUCAACAGUUGAUAGAAAGUUGUUAUUGUAUACAUAGUUCUAGCAAUCGGAAAAGAAGAAUGAUCAUACGCAUUAAAAAAAAUGGUUUUGACUCAAACGAGUGGGCAAUUAUUGAGCUCCAAGGUGAGCUGCAAUCUCGCUCCAAUCAAGCACUCAAUGACCAAUUCAUUGGUGACUUGCAUUUUAAAAAAAAUGGGACACCUAUUCUGAUGAUUGGCCACCACAUUCUAUAUGGGAAGGAGGUGAAUCUAGAAAAGCCUUACGCAGUGUUACAAAAAGUCUUUGACACUGACACCUACAAGGUUGAGAAUUCAGGCUUACCAAGUCCUCCAAAACAGGUGUGUUACAUCGCAAAAGCUAUGGUAACAAAGAAAUUAGUAUUCCGGGUAAGGCCCAAGCCGAUUAUAGAUGGAUUGGAAUAGUGUUAUAAGAAAUUGCGGCAAAUAAAUUGAACCUUGCUGUAAUAA